AUUACGAGAAUGGAUUUUAUCUCUUUGGCACUCAUAUUCACUCUUUGCGUUAUUGUGAUUUUCCGACUUUUAUUGAUGGUACAUUCUCAUUAUGUUGUACAACAAAAACUUAAAAACAUUCCCCAAGUCGACAGUUUUCCUUUUGGUUCGGCAUAUGAGGCAAUGCGUAUAUCGCCGGAGGAACGCAUGAAAAAGGAUUUCGAGUAUUUGGCUCAGACAUGCAAAGAAGGGAUAUACAUACAAUGGUUCUUAGGCAAGCCGUGUAUUUUCGUAUAUAAGCCAGAAUAUUUAAAGCAUAUUUUUCCAAGCACCGUGAAUAUCACAAAAGGGAACCGUUAUAGUUUGUUUGAACCCUGGUUGGGCAACGGACUUGGAAUGUCUACAGGUAAACAAUGGUUCCACGAUAGAAAACUCAUUGGGGCAACAUUCCAUUUUAGUAUAUUAGAAAAAUUUGCUGUGGUUAUGACCGAAAAAGCACAAAUUUUAACAAAGUGUCUUCAAAAAAAAAUGGACGAAAAUCCAGGGAAGGCCAUUGAUAUUUUCCCUCUUGUUAUUAAUGCAACUCUUGAUAUUAUCUGCGAAACGGCAAUGGGUAUGGAUUUACGUGUUCAAGAAGUCCAUUCUAAAUAUGUAACAGCAGUAGAGAAAGUAUCCGAGUUAAUAAUGACUCGAAUCUUUCAACCGUGGCUUUGGAUGGACUGGAUAUACUAUUUAACGCCUGCAGGAAGACAGUUUAAAUCAGCGCUGAAAACAGUCCAUGGAUUUGCGGAUGAGGUGAUAAAAAAGAAAAAACUCGAACGACGAUCAAAAACUGGCAAAACGGAACUUGAAAAUAAAGAUGAUGAAUCUGACAUAGGUAAGAAAAAUAGGGUAGCGUUUCUAGAUCUAUUAUUAGAGGAAAAUGGAAAAGACGACUCCCCUAUGACUGAUGAUGAGUUGAGAGCGCAAGUUGACACGAUUAUGUUUGCGGGACACGACACAACUUCGGUUGCUGUAUGCUGGACACUCUUCCUCUUGGGCAAUAAUCUCGAGCAUCAGAAAAAAGUUCACGAAGAACUCGAAGAGGUAUUCGGAGAUUCGGAGACCCCAGCCAGUGUAAAGCAGCUGCCGCAAUUAAAGUAUCUUGAUAGAGUUAUAAAGGAGACGCUUCGAAUAUUUCCGAGUGCAAAUUUCAUAUCGAGGCAAAUAAUAGAAGAAAUAAAAUUAGAUGACCAUAUUCUUCCGAAAGAUCAUGAAGUCUCAGUGCCAAUACUGCUUGUACAUCGAAACCCAGAGGUUUGGCCGGAUCCAUUAAAGUUCGAUCCAGAUCGCUUUCUUCCAGAGAACUCGAAAGAUAGAAAUCCGUAUGCAUACGUUCCGUUCAGCGCUGGACCGAGAAACUGUGUAGGCAUGAGAUUCGCUCAACUCGAAAUGAAAUUAUUAUUGGUUGCUAUUCUUAGAAAAUGGAGGGUAAAAAGCGUAAAAACAAUUGAUACGAUCCGAUACGGUGAAAUUGUGGUUGUGCGACCCUGCGAGGAAUUGCUCAUACAUUUCACACCCAAGAAAUGAUCAGUUUACCAGCAAAUGUAUGCUUUUUAUAAUGUGAUUUUUAUAACUUUUUCUUAUUAAUCUUUUACGUAUAUAUACGUAAUGCAUAUAUGCUUACAUAUAUUCACAUAGAUGCUAUAUCUGCUUAAAUAUCACAAUAAUCGAAUUAAGGUGUCGGUAUUCAUUAAUUCAAUCAUGUUUUCCUAAUAACAAUACGUUAUAAUUGUUGUUUAAAAUUCGGGAUCUUGCCUUGCAGGCAGAAUGUUUUAAGCUAACAAUAUAGUUUUGAUGACGCGAAUACGAACAAAAGAUUUGUACAUUUUGCAAUAUGACGACAAAUAUUAAUAAAUGUUUAAAGCCAAAACAUAUUAUAAUUAAAUAUAUAAAGAUAAUAAUAAUAUAGAACUGGUUGCUAAUUAUUGCUGCCUUCUUUAGAAUUGUAGUUCUUGUGUAAUUGUUAAUAAAUUGUAUUGAGAAUGAUCCAAAGUAUAAGAUCAAAAUGUCUACAUUAUUAAUUUUAUUGAAUAAUAAAGUUCAGUGUUACAUACAAACAA